AAUCAGAGCUGCAAGCGCGGGACCGAAUGAAUCAGGUGUGGUUGUAGCAGUAUGGUGCUUGCUGAAUGAGGACAACGUUGGUACAAAUCGAGGCCGAGUGCGAGACCUAAGCAGGUUAAACCACCGAAUCGGUGCUUAGGAUUGUGGCCCGUAGGGUUCUCUGGUUUACCGAGCCGUGGGACGGACGUUAAUUGGGCGAAAUUGACUUCAGCUUGUGUAAAGCAUGGGGGUGAAAACACAGCGUCCUCGAUGUUUUUUUGACAUAACUGUCAAUAAUCUGUUCGUGGGCAGAGUUGUCUUUGAAUUGUUCUCAGAUGUGUGUCCAAAGACUUGCGAAAACUUUCGUUGUCUCUGUACAGGUGAAAAGGGAGUAGGAAAGAGUACUCAAAAACCCUUACAUUAUAAAGGUUGCCUAUUUCACAGAGUCGUAAAAGAUUUUAUGAUCCAAGGAGGUGACUUUAGUGAAGGAAAUGGUAGAGGAGGUGAAUCUAUCUAUGGAGGGUUUUUUGAAGACGAAAGUUUUGCAGUCAAGCACAACAAGGAGUUCCUAUUGUCUAUGGCUAACAGAGGAAAAGAUACAAAUGGCUCACAGUUCUUCAUAACUACUAAGCCUGCACCUCAUUUAGAUAGCGUACACGUGGUCUUUGGUCAAGUUAUUUCAGGACAAGAAUUAAUAAGAGAUGUGGAAAACCAGAAAACAGAUGCAAAUAGUAAACCUUAUGCAGAAGUCCGAAUCUUAAACUGUGGAGAAUUGAUUCCAAAGGCCAAAGCCAAAAAGGAAGAGAAGAAAAGAAAAAAAUCUUCUUCAUCCUCUUCGAGUGAAUCUGAGAGCUCCUCUGACUCAGACUCUUCCUCAGAAUCAGAAAGUGAAACAGAUGAAGAUUCUAAGAAGCGGAAAAAGAAACAACGCAAGAAAGAUUCCAAAAAGCGAAAGAAAGAAAAACGAAGAAAGAAAUCAGAAAAGAAAAGCUCAUCAAAUGAAAGUGCAGAAAGUACCACACAAGAGACUGUUGCCACCGUGCGUCCUGAAGAAAUUCCACCUGUACCAGAAAAUAGGUUUUUAAUGAGAAAAAGUCCUCGUAAGAAAGAUGAAAAAGAGAAAGAGAAGAAAAAAGAAAGAGAAAGAGAGAGCAAUGCUUCAAAUUCCCAAAUUUCUACAUAUCAAAGGCGGCUCCUAGUAACUAGAUCAGGGAGAAAAAUUAAAGGAAGAGGACCCCGGCGUUAUCGAACACCUUCAAGAUCAAGGUCUCGGUCAAGAGAUCGAUUUAGGCGCAGUGAAACUCCACCACACUGGAGACAGGAGAUGCAACGGGCUCAAAGAAUGAGGGUUUCUAGCGGAGAGCGUUGGAUAAAAGGAGAUAAGGGUGAAGUGAAUGAAAAGAAACAAAACCAUGAUGAUAGAAGUCCAGGCAGAGGAAGAGAGAGAAUGGCUUCAGACAACAAACCAGAAAUAUUGGAGAGUCCAGAAAGGAGCAAAGAGAGGGAUAAGAAAACAGAGCGAGAUUCUGGAAGGAAUCAUCGAUCCAGGAGUAAAGAAAGGGAACAGAAGAAAACAGACAAGGAUGACAAACUUGAUAAAACCAAGUCUAAAAGGAGAAAUAAAUCAAGGAGUAAAGAAAGAAAUCAAAGCAGAAGCAAGGAUAAAGAAAAGCAAGCCAAAACCAGAAGCAAGGACAGAGAGCAGAAAGAAAGCAAAGAAAGGAAGGCAAAAUCAAGAAGCAAAGAAAGGGAACAUACAAAAGGCAAAGAGGGGGAUAAAUAUGCAAAAUCAAGUAAAGAGCGAGAACGAAAUAAAAGUAAAGAAAGGAGAAAACGUGAAAAAUCCAGGAGUCGUGAACCGAGUAGAAGUAGGGAGAGGGGCAAACGAGCCAAGUCAAAAUCUAGAACUCGUGAUCAAGAACAAAGUAGUAGUAAAGGAAGGGACAAAGGGGCUGAGUCAAAGUCCAGCACUUUUGAUCACGAGCAAGGUAACAAUAAAGAGAGUCAGAAACAGGCUGAAGCAAGAAGUAAAGAUCGAGAACGAAGUAAAAGUAAGGAGAGGGAGAAGCAGGCUAAGUCAAAAUCUAAAAGCCGAGAUCGUGAUGAGAGUAAAAGCAAAGAAAGAGCUAAGCGGGCCAAAUCAAAAUCUAAAAGUCGAGGAAGAAGUAAAAGUGGAGAGCGAGAAAAACGGGCCAAAUCAAAAUCUAAAAGUUGGGAACGAAGUAAAAGCAGAGAACAAGAAAAAAGGGCCAAAUCAAAAUCUAGAAGCCGAGAUAGGGAAGGGAGUAAAAACAAAGACAGAGGGAGAAGGGCCAAAUCCAGGAGCAAAGAUCGGCAGCAUUACAGAAGUAAAGAUAGAGGAAGGCGAGCAAAAUCUAGAAGUAAAGACAGGGAAAAAGAAAAAAGCAAAGAGAGAGAAAAACAUGUGAACUCCAGAGGUAGAGACAGGGAACAUAAACACAGAGAAAACUGGAGUAAAUCCAGCAGUAAUGGUGAUGAACACAGCAGGAAUAAAAAUCAAGAAAAGAGAACAAAAUCCAAAAGCAAGGAAAGGGAUAGAAGUCAGAGUAAAGAAUGUCAAAAGAACAGAGAUAAAGAACAGAAAAGAGGGCGGUCAAGGAGCAGAGAUAAAAGAACCCCUGAAAAGGUUAGGUAUGAUGACUCAAAGAAAGAAGAAAAAACCAAAAGUUCAGAAGAUAAAAUUAAGGAGAAAGAGUUAAAACUUGCUGAAAUUCAAAGUACAAAUGGUAAAAAAUCACACAACAGGGAGAAUGAAAAACUGAAAAGCCAUACUAUGAGCCAGGUUAGGGAUCAAAGCAGCAGUUCUGAGAGUCUGAAAGAGAAUGAGGGGAAAAAUAAGGAGAAGGAACAAAGUAGUAGUCCCAGUUUAAAGAGAAAAAGGGAAGAUAGUAAAAGCAAAAAGUAUGAAGAGAAAUGUGCAGCAAGAAGCAGUUUGUAUGAAAAUGAUGAUAAAAUUAAACAGUCAAACAGCAGAGUAAAAGAUCAGAACCAUGACAAAAAGCACUCAAAUUGUGAUUCAGCCCCAAGUUCAGAUGAAGAUAAAAGUGAAUAAAUGUGCUUCAUGGACAAGCAAUCAAUUGCCAAUAAAUGUUUCUGUGAUCUUUAUUUUUCAGAGGCAUGUUUGGAACGUGUCUUUUAAACUUGGAUUUCUGUUGAGUUUGUUUUUUUUUGACAAUCUGCAGCCUGGAUUAUUUGUACUACUGGACUUUUAAUAAAUUUGUAAAGUGGUGCAAAAGUUGGUUUCAUCUAAUGGCUUAAUUUUUGGAGCUUUAUUAUUUUUAGCUUUUUAUUUUUCAGUUUUUAAAACAAAUGACUUUUUAUUGCAGAUUAAGUUCUCCAUUGUUAUAAUUUUCAUUAACCUUUUUACAUUUUGUUUUAAUGGGAAUAAUAUAUCUGAAUAGCUAAAAGCUUUCUGGCAAUUGACUUUUUAUUUUUUCCUUCCAAAGAGUAGUUUGAGGGAACUGGAUAGUGCAGUUCUUGUAUGAAAUUAAUUUGGAGAGAUUUGAUCAAAUGUCUCUGUAAAACUGACUACAACUCAAUAUGGUUAACGUUACAUUGAUGGUGUUAUCAGAGAGAUCACAAGCGUCCAAAAGCAAAAACUGCAGAUGCUGGAAAUCUGAAUUAAGAUAAGAAAAUGCUGGAAGCACUCAGAAGGUCAGGCAACAUCUAUGGAGAAAGAAACAGAGUUAGCAUUUCAGGAUAUAAGAUGCUGCCAAAGCUGCUGAGUAUUUGCAGCUUUUUCUGUUUUUAUUUGCAAUCACAAGGAUGAUUGAUAGGGGAUAUAGAGUACAUUUUUGAAAAACAUUGAAGCUGGUUUUUAUCAUUCGUCCCAUGCCACCUGUGACCUGGAAGUGACUAAUGACAGUUAAAAUAUUUUGUCAACCUGAUGAGCACAAUGUCAUUAUAAAUAUCAGCUUAACUGCCCAUUAUAAGCUUCACUUUCAUGUAUCAGGUUAUGGUGUUGCAGAAUCUGUUAAAUAUCUUGUUUUUAGCAGUUGUGAUGUCAUAAAAAUAACAGUGCACAAGACAGACAUGAUUUACGAGCUUUAAAACUUUUAUUUAAUGUAAUGUCUUGCCCAUAGGCUUGAUUUCAUCUUUUCCAUUUGCUUAGAUGUUCAACUUAAAACUACAGAUCGUUAUAGAUUAUUAGAAAUAUACUUUGAAAUUUUGAUUCAAUUGAACUUAUUCCGAUUGAAUUUAUGUGAUGCACACCAGAGUGGUAAUGGAUCUCAGUCUUGAGCUGAGUCACAAAAAUCCAAAGGUACUGGAGUAUAAACAGCAUUUGCAAAGAUUGCUAUGGAAUUUAUUCUUCCGUGUGAUUGUUUUAUAGUUUAUGCAUUGCAACCACAGCACAGAACAUGUUUCAUAAAGUGAAAUGUCAUGCUAUCAUAUUUGAUUCUAAAACAUGUACAUUUGGACAAAUGUUUCCUCUUUUGCUAAAGCUCUUAAUCUGGAGAAACAGAUACUCCUAUCUCCUCCUCCCCUUCAUAAAUUCAAUUUUUUUUUUGUCAAAAUUCAAGUUCUGAACAGAGGUCCAUUGAGUAGUUUGUCUAAAACUUAACUGAUGGCAAGUUCUGCAUACCUGUUGUACUGCCUAGCUUUGAAAAUAUCUUUAGGAGUCUUAACGUUUGAGGCAAGCAAUGUUUAACAUUUAUUUCAUUCUCUUUUCCUUGAAACUGUCCAAAAAUGACCUUUAUUGCAGAUUCUAUAUUGAAGCAUCUUGAAUAUUUCUGGUUUAAAUUUAUUCAUAUGAAAAGAUAAAGAUUAAAAUCUUUAUUUUUCUAAACUCAUGGAAACAGAUUUGUUUCUCCACGUAAUGAAAUUCUCUAGUAAUUUUCUGGAAGAAUUUGUUUCUUUAGCAAAUGUAUAGUUACAGUGUAUGGCCCUUGUGAUAUUUUCUACAAAGUUCUAUCAUGCAAUAAAGUCAUAUUGCAGGCAUACUCUAUUUGUAAAAUCUAUG